AUGUCCAGCAUCGAAGAUCCGAAGCAGCUAUCCCUGAGGACAGUACAAACAUCCAAUAAUGCUCUGGGUAUCAACGCUCCGCCGUCACCUGCGAAUAAGUCGGCUCCGGCGAACCCAUCCGUGCACUACACUUGCUUCAUCCGACUGCCAUUCCCCAGAAAUGACUUCGUAGACCCACCACAGGUAUUCGACAUAUAA